AUGGUGAAGUCGUCGGGGGGGCGGUGGAAGGGGAGUGGGUCGGGGUCGGCACCCUCCUCUCCCACGCGGCGGCUGAAGAAGGGGGGCAAGAGGGGCAGGCGUCUUUGCCACAUGGAGGGGUGCACGCUGUGCCCGUCUUUCGGGUUCGAGGGAGACGUGGCAGUGUCGUGCUCGCACCACAAGGAAGACGGUAUGCGCAACCUGACGGCGCGUCGCUGCCAGCACGACGGCUGCUUCACGGUGGCCAACUUUGGCUUCCCGGGUGACAAGCCUGGAUACUGCGCGGCCCACAGCACAGAAGGCAUGGUGAAUCGCAACAAACCGCGGGGAUCCGAGGGUAUGCUAUCCGGCAUGACCGUCUCGCGAAGCUCUCGCCGCGCUACCAAGGCCAGCAUCGCCAUCGCCUCUUCCAACGCCGCGGGAGGUUCUCAAUCCGCCGCAGCAGCCGAAACAGCGAAGGCGGCCGCUGCCGCUGCCGCUGCUACUGACGGCAGCGGUGGCCUGGCGAGGAAUCAAGCCUCCUCGGGCGGUAAAGACCUUCUCAUGCGGACGGCGAUGUCGGGAGACGUUGGGCUGGGCCGCCACGGGGCUUUCGGCAACGGUGCAAAGACUCACGCUGCCGUUGCACCCGCGGUAGCGAGCCGGGCGCGUGCCAGCGGCACGCGCCGGAGGGGAAGCUACAGGGACAGCACCACUUCGGACGGCGACGAGAAAGCCGAGCUCGGCAGGUCCUUUUUCGGCGGCGGUAAUCACAGCAACGCCACCGGGGGGGGCAAUUCAAAGAGCGCCGAGGCCCAAGCGCAGGAAGCGGCGGCGGCGUCUGUGCCCCCUCCCCCGGUAGCGUUCAUCGCUCGGGGAGACGGCGUCGAGGCCGCCAACGCCCCGUCAGAUGCUGCGAGGGCGGGCGGUGGCGGCGGCGGCGGCGGCGGGCGGCCGCGGGGUGCUAGCAGGGGGCUCGGGUCCGCGACCAUAACCGCCGGCGUUUUGCAGCAUCAGGAGGCGUUUAUGCCCGUCUCUCGUGGCGGAGGCAUGCUGCCCGUCGUGGAGACAGCCGCCGCCGCCGGCGGGGGCGGCGGCAGGGUGGCGGUAGAUAUCAGCUUUCGCGGGGAUACCCGGAUGGACGGGUCUUUCCUGAUGGACGGCGGGUCCUUCGGGGAGACGAGCGGUGGGGCGGGGGGCGCGAGCUUGGGGGCGGGCGUGGACACCGGGCGGGCGGAGCUGCGCAGCAUCCUGCUGGGGGACGCAGGGGACACGCCUGAAGUGCGGGAUAGCGUAGCGGACGGAGGCUUAAGCUUCGCAGUUCCAAGCAGCAGCGCCAGGGUCGCUAAACCAGCACCCGGCGUUCAGGCCGUUCAUGAGGCCUUGCGGCCGGCUGGAGGGCUAGGGUUUGGCCGUGAUUCUGCGGCGUCGAGGGGCGGGGAGCAUGCGGGUGCCAGAUCCUCCUUCGAGAGCGGCGGCUCCCUCGCGAGCGGGGGUGGGACGGCGCCGGCGCCGGCGCCCGCGGCGGGAGUGUUCGUUGACUUCGGGCUCGACCACCUGCCGGAGCUGAGCAGCAACGACUUCGCCGGCCUUGGCGGCGUGGAGACCGGCGUCUGCGCCAACUACCUUCCCAGAGUGACGUUACAGCACCACCGGUACCACCAGCAGCGCACCGCUAGCCGCGGGCCGUACGACCUCGCGGGGGCGGCGGUGGCGGCCGGGGUCUUCUCGAGCUGUGAAGGCGUUCGUCUCGGGAGCGACUCGUCGGCGUCGGCAGCAGCGGCGGUGCUGGCGGCGUCCAGCGUUGUGAGCGACGACGUACCUUCCGAAGCUUUCUCCUCCUCCGACGCUUCCUCGGUGUCGUUCGCGACGGGACCCCCUCGUGCUGCCGCCGCUGCCGCUGAAGCCCGCCCGCUGCCGUCGAACGGCGGCGACGCCCUAAUGGCGACGGCGGCGGCGACCAGGAUGAUGAUGGCGGGCGAGGAGGCGUGGUGGGAGGUCCUAGAGGGGGAGGAGUUCGUGGCCAUGCCGGAGCCCACCUGGGGGGGGGCAGGAGGCUUGGACACGCAGAGCAUGAUGGAGGAGCCGUUUCGGACCAACCCCCGCGGAUGCGGAUGGAGGAGCGACGGCGGCGGCCGCGGGGGCGUCGAAACCAACAGAGGCAUGGCCGAGAGUGGUCGUGGUCCCCACGGAGACGGCGGCAGAACGGUCGCGUCCCACGCCGCGACAGCUAGGUCGUUGUCGCUCGAUUCUUCCUCCAUCACAGCGGCGACGGCGGCGGCAGGGCUCGGUGGAGUCGUGGUCAUGCCGGGCGACGAGGGUUUUUCAGGAGACAUGAGCGGUAGAGACAGCUGUGGCCGUAACGGAGGCGUCCAUGGUAUCAGCGGCGGCGGCGGCAGUGGGGGUCGGCUUUGUCCCUCCUCCAAGAAGUUUGCUGGGUCGGUGGAAGACGCACGUGUGGCGUUCUCGACCUCUCCGUCCAUGCCCGGUGCUCCCCCCGCCGCCUCUCGCGCGAUGAGGCCGUCGUCCCGCGAGCUCGGAUCAGCGUCAACAACGUCGACGUCACCCUCCGGUAGCGUUUUCUCGCCCGCGGCUUCCUCCUCGCCGAACGGCGUCUACCCUAUCGGCUUCGGCCUGGCCGUGCACAGCCAGGACCCGCUUCCUCACGGCGGCGCCGGUCUACGCUCUGCCGGGCAGGGGUCUGCUCAUGAAAACGGCGGUUUGAGCAAGGCGUGGGUGCCCGGAGACAUGUGGGCCACGACGGCGACGGCGACGACAAGCGGGGACGCGAUGAGCCCUUCCAAGUGCCUGUCGCUCAGUCCCGCCAAGGCAGUGACGGCCAUGGCCGCUAGCCCCUCCUCGUCCUCGCCUGCUCUGUCCAUGCUCGCCCAGUCAACGCCCCCGUGGGGUACGGGCCCGCUGUGCUCCCCUCAGCAGACACGGGCAGCGAGCAGGGCCUAGCCUAGCCAGGCUAGCACGGAAGGGCCUGAACGGUACCGGUGGCGGAGGGAGGGAGGGAGGUACAUGGCCGGGGACACACAGACAUCAGGUUUCCAGCCGCUGGUGUUCACCAUGCCGGCCGUUCACGGCCUCGCAGGUUUGCACACGAUGGGUGGCGUUCGCAGACCGAGGUGUAACGGGGUCUGGUACCCUUUUUUUUUUCGCCUGUUUUCUUUAACCUUUUCUUGGUGAUUGUCUGUCCCCAUCGAUCUUCGCGUUUCUGCGCUAGAGUUAGGUUCGGCAUCAAGCUCGGCAUCAACCGGGCCAAAGCGAUGCUACUUACACGAGUGGUAAAUCCUAGAGUUGCGGUGAUGUUCCCGGGGCUUGUGAGCUGCGGUGGCACCAGCAGCCCGUGUCCCAAGGCGGGAGGCAGUCGGGCGGUGCUAUGUAUGGGUGUGUGGGUGUACGUGUGUUUGGAAGGGGGUUGAUUCACUUGCGUCAGUUCAACGAGUGUGCGUGCUUGCAGUGCGGCGAGGUCCCGAGUGCAGGGUGUGGUCCGCGAACGCCUCUCGAGUAAUAAUGGUACGGCGCGUUGUCGUCGCGGGUGUUGCUGCUCCAGUUGCUGCGGCGGCAGCAGAGUACGCGUUGGUAUUAGAAAAAGCCCCAUGCGGGGCGUAAGCCGUAAGAUGGUUCCUUGUCUGUGUGUUCGAUCCAAUCGUGUUGAAGUAAAGGCCCACGUCCUUGGCCUGUCUUCUUUCUUUCUUUGUGUUGGAGUCUGGGUGUGGUGGAUGUUGUCCCUUGGAAGAUAGUAUGGGGCGGGUUGCCUCUCGCUGCUCCUUUUCUCGCCCCCGGGGUCUGUGCUGUGCCGUGCGGCACCAUCAUUGCUGCACACGAAAAUUUAUUGAUUGAUGAUGUUGUCCCUUGUUCUGUAUGGUGAUCUGUGGCUUGUUUCGACCCUUCGCUUGGAGUUAUCAUACGUGAGAUUACCACACCAUACCAUACCACGACAUGGGACUACAGUUGGUUCUAUAGGACCCAUUCUAACGAUAGGUGUAGUCGUCGCCAGAAAAUCGCGUAGCGUCCGGUGAACGUUGAGUCAGUCUCUCGCGAUGCCGCACCAAGUGGUUGGAUGGGGGUUGGCCGCUACUGCUGUAGCGUGCAUGUUUUUUCCCUCAGAUUUUCAUGAUGAAAGGAGCGCCGGAAAGAGCGCCCUAGCGACGGUUUUUAAGCGUGACGCACGUACGCACGUUAUGCAGCCAAGUACAGUAUUUUAUGGUAGCUGAUCCGAGCUACCUUUUUUCUUUUCUUCCAUUUAUCAAUAACGCAAUAGGCUCGCUCACCCCUUGUUAUCCUUGAGUGUUCCUACGUGCCUCAUGGAAGGCGCAGUGACUUUCUUUGUAGGUUCUCCUCGAGCGAGCAACGCGCUUGGCAAGAAGACAGGCUGGUGGUGCUUGACUUGUCCAUCGGACUACUGCUGUGUGUGUGAGGCACGUAAAAGUAAUGAGCGUGUUGUUGGUGGGGUCUUUCUCAUUUUCCGUCUCUUGUGUCCGCCCAUCCAGUUGGAAUGGGCCGUCGAAAAAUUGAUUGAUUGUCCAGCGGUGGAGGUGCUUUUCGUCAUCCAUGCCACCUAUCCUUUCCUGUCCUAUCGUAUCCUAUCGUAUCCUAUCCACAAAAGAGAUGUUCUCUCUCUUGGCUGCAUGGAUCUGGAUUAUCCACUUGUGGUGUGGGUUAAGUUGUUGUGCUAUCUUUAUAUAUUGUCGUUGUUUUGACUGUGUCGUCCAUUGCCUGCGCGCAUGCACCUUUACUAUUACGUGCGUGGUGCUGUUUUUUUUUUUUUACUCGUGGUGGGGUGAUUGAUUCAUGGUUCAUUGUUUACACUCAAGCUUGUUGGGUGGGUGGGUCGGGGUGCCUUAUUUCUUUCUUUCUUUCUUUCUUUCUUUCUUUAUUUCUUUCUUUCUUUCCGUGGGAGGGAGUGAUUGCUGGGAUCUUUUUCGGCGACAGGGUGAAGUAUGUCGUCAGCCCUUAUAUAUAUUUUGAGACGGAUGGGCGACAGCGAGCAAGCUCUGAAGGAGGAAUGAAAACAGGAAGGUAUUGUAUUGUCUACAUGUCUACAUACCUGUGUACCACUUCUGUUUUAUGCCCGAACGGGUUCGAGGGGGGUGCAAGACCUCCGAAAAUGGGUGGUGGUGGUGGUGGAGUUUUUGCAAACGAACGGAGAGAUGAGCGCCGGUCUUUUCUCUCCGAAAAGCAUCCCCACCUCUCCCACGCAAGGUGGAGUGUUUUGUUUUAGUUCUUGUUCCCUUUCUUUUCUUGGCGACGCCGCCCCACGGACCGUGUCAAAGCUUGAGAGCCGUGGUAGCGUGUAGAGAGUUAAUAUGGCCACAUACAUACGUGAGCCUGUGGUAGUGUUAGUACAAGUAGCUAAAAAGUAACGUGCUAAUCCGUAGUGAGGGGCUCGCCGGGGGCACCGCGCAGUGGGUAGGUAUCAUCUCUCCCGCGAGAGAGAGCAAAACGGUAGCAUCCCAGAAGAGCGCGGACAUGACUAUUCUGCUGCGGAGCUCGUGAUGAUACGGAGCGGAGCAGCGAAAGGCUGGGUGCACUUGGAGAGGAGGGUGGAGUGCCUCUCAAGGGAUUUUAUUUGGCGUGGAAACGUCGAAAAUAGUAGUGCGGGGUCGGUUGCCUGUGGUGAUGGUGGUGAUGGUGGUGGCGGUGGUUUUGGUGGUGGCAUGCCCUUGAACGAUUACAAUACAGGGUUUUGAGUAGGGAGGUUUCUUGCGCUGCGGCGGCGGGCGAACUCACUCCCACUCCCUCUUUUUUUUCUUGCGAAUUUGUUUACGUCCCUUGAAACAUCAUGUAGGCAUUCGCGACAUGUAAAAAAAAAAUGGUACUGUAUGGUACACAUAAUUCCACGGUAGACCGCACGGCAUACCGCAUCGGCACGCAUCUUUUGGAUGGAUAUUGGGGGUUGGUUGCGAUGAUACACACAAAGCGAAGAAGGCAGGCUGCCUCGCCGGAGUCGAAGCUGGCUAGGGUAAUGCUGAUGGGUGGUGGUAGGAUAAUGGGUGAUGGGCGAUGGGCAGUAUGGCGGCACACUCACCCCGUUGUGAUGGUUGCAGUUGCAUAUGGGGAGGCGGGUUGGACGGAGGGGUCGAUGGGCGUGCAGGCGCCUGGGACAGGGACAGCAGUCGGGCAUUUUUUUUUUUCUUUAUUGUCACGUGUCUUUGUUUGGUUGAGCCCUGGGCUGGCUACAUAUAUUGUGCGAUGCAUGAUCCGAGUGUGGGAUUGAUUCCUUUGCCUUUGAUGAUGACUAGGGCAGGCGGGGUGAUUCCCAUAGUAGGGUAAGACGGGGUAUUUAAUGUGAAGAACAGCAG